CCGACGGGAACCAGUACAUUUUCAUAUGCAUCUGCCACGACGCAGAUCAAUUGUGCGACCAUUCACAGCCAUUCAAUGUUGUUUCCGUCUUCCCGUCUCGCCUCGUUGUAUCCUGGCUCCUUGGGGCUUCUGUUUGUGUUGAAUACGUAGAUUUUUGUUGUCCAGUGGGCCCAUAGCAGAUGCUUUAUAACAAGGACUUCACAGUCCUGAAUAUAAGAUCACCUAGGAACCAAAAUAUCACGUCGACAUUCUACAACUUCUAAUUCUAGGCACGACCAAAAACACCUUUGAAACAUACUCUACCUAGUCAACAAAACGCCUCAUCGACUCAGAUAUCGAUUGACCGAUUUUGGACGAAAUGCCACUUCUACCGGAAUGCUUGACUGCGGUAUACUACGAGGCUCGUCUGAAGAGCCUACCUGACGAUCGAUCGUUACUAUCAGCGAAGGACGACCCAAGUUUUUGUUCAGAGCCUCGACAGCUAUCUCGACAUGAUCCGCCACCGCCUCCCCCUCAACCACCCCCAAGCCCAACUGGCUUAGCGUUCUUCGAAAGUGCCGAGGACAUUGAAAGAGUGGCGCUUCCCAGCUGGUUUUGUUGAUACAAACACACCACGCCACACAGGAGAUCUGUCGGUCCGCGCCGAAUCUGUCGAUCUCCCGUCCGGCACAUCCCAACUGGGGACUUAGCGAGAUAAUUCUGGCAACAUAGAUCAGUUAGAGCGCAAGCACUGUUUGGCCACAUACAACUUUUGAUUCGGCGAAUGUCUGAAUCUACACGAUUUUGGGCAAUCAGAAGGUUAUCAAGGUUGGGCGUUAAGGAGAGAUAAAAACUUAGGCACCGGGGAGCAUUUACCAAGAUCUAUCCUCACUAUUCUUUGAUAGAAUGACCAUAAAUCUAAAAUCUCCCGUGCAUUCGGACCACUGAAUAGUUGUGACAUUCACAAAGGUCUGUAAUUCAAUUGUACAAACUUGUACACGGCUGGCAGAACACGCAUAGAUUCCGUUCUCAAUCAAUCCUAGCUUUACUAUCACGGUCUA